AUGAAGAAUAAUGAAGGAAAAGUGGUAGACAAGAGUAGGAUUGUCCCUGUUGCAAUCAUAUUUGUGGUGCUAUGUGGACUUUCUUUCUAUAUGGGUGUAAUCUUUGGUUCCGAGAACGAUAGAAUUGUAUCAAUUAUCAGCCAGAGAUCCCUUGAUUCCCCCAAGAAAUCAUCAUCAAUAAGUUCUUUGCAAAUUAAAUCCAUCAGUUUUCCUGAAUGCAGUGUUGACUAUCAAGAUUACACUCCAUGCACUGAUCCAAGGAGAUGGAAGAAGUAUGGAUCCUAUCGGUUCAUAAUGUUGGAACGCCAUUGCCCUCCAAUUUUCGAGAGAAAAGAAUGCUUAGUUCCUCCUCCGGAUGGGUACCAGCUUCCAAUUAGAUGGCCAAAGAGCAGAGAUGAAUGUUGGUACAGGAAUGUUCCGUAUGACUGGAUUAACAAACAGAAGUCCAAUCAACAUUGGUUGAAAAAGGAAGGAGAGAAAUUCCUCUUUCCUGGUGGAGGUACUAUGUUCCCGAACGGUGUCGGUAAAUAUGUUGAUUUAAUGGAAGAUCUGAUCCCAGAAAUGAAAGAUGGAACUAUUCGAACGGCCAUUGAUACUGGUUGUGGGGUUGCUAGCUGGGGUGGUGAUUUGCUGGAUCGUGGAAUUCUUACGGUUUCUCUUGCUCCUAGAGAUAACCACCAAGCUCAGGUUCAAUUCGCUUUGGAGCGUGGUAUCCCUGCAAUUCUUGGUGUCCUUGCUACACACAGGCUUCCAUUCCCAUCAAAUUCCUUCGAUAUGGCUCAUUGCUCCAGAUGCCUUAUUCCAUGGACAGAAUUUGGCGGAGUUAAUAUUCUUGAAAUACACCGGAUUCUUCGUCCUGGUGGAUUUUGGGUCUUGUCUGGUCCACCAAUCAACUACGAGCGCAGAUCGCGUGGAUGGAACACAACUAUCAAAGAGCAAAGAUCAACAUACGAGAAAUUGCAGAACUUACUGACUUCAUUGUGCUUUAAAUUAUAUAAUAAAAAAGGCGACAUUGCCGUAUGGCAGAAGUCUCCUGAUAAUGAUUGCUACAAUAAGCUGACUAGAGAUACCUAUCCACCUAAAUGUGAUGACAGCCUCAGACCAGAUUCAGCAUGGUAUACUCCAAUUCGCACUUGUUUUGUCGUUCCGGAUCCAAAGUUUAAGAAAAUAGGCCUUGCAUCAAUUUCUAAGUGGCCCGAGCGGUUGCAUGUUACACCAGAACGAAUCUCAAUGGUUUAUCGUGGGAGUGAUAGUACUUUCAAACGUGACGGCAGUAAGUGGAAGAAGCAUGUCGCACACUACAAGAAGUUGAUCCCUGAGCUUGGGACUGAUAAGAUAAGAAAUGUGAUGGAUAUGAAUACGGAAUAUGGAGGUUUUGCUGCGGCCUUGAUUGAUGAUCCUGUAUGGGUUAUGAAUGUGGUCUCAUCUUAUGCUGUGAAUACACUCCCUUUGGUUUAUGAUCGAGGCCUCAUUGGAACGUUCCACGACUGGUGUGAAGCUUUUUCGACAUAUCCUCGGACAUAUGACCUCCUUCAUCUUGCAGGACUCUUCACUGCGGAAAGCCACAGAUGUGAAUUGAAGUAUGUGUUGCUGGAAAUGGACCGAAUUUUACGACCUGGUGGCUAUGCUCUCAUCCGCGAGUCUAGUUACUUUUUGGAUGCCAUUACAACUAUUGCCAAGGGUAUGCGAUGGGAAUGUCAUACAGAAGAUACCGAGCAAGGAGGUGACAUGGAGAAGAUACUAAUAUGCAAGAAAAAGCUAUGGUAUUCAUCAAAUAAAGAUUCAAGAUGACAAACUCUGGGACCUAAGCAGUGGUAUUCAUAUAUUAUGUAAUAUACCCAAUAAUCUGAUUUAUUAGUUUAGAGUUUUUACAUAUAUAUAUAGAGAGAGAGAUGGAGAGUUAAAGAGAGAUUUUUUAUGUCAUGAACGUGGCUGCAUUGAUUCCUUGGAACAAAAGAAAUGGUUCAAUAUCAGAUGAAUGCAGGUGAAGGAAUGAAAGUCUUCAAUCCUAGAGAAAGUGUGAUUUCCCUUUUGAUUGCUGCCAUUUCAAGAGAAGUGAUAUUUAGAAACUGUUUUACUGAGUAAUCACUUGUAUUAAUUAAUGUUGAUCAUGAUAUUGAUAAGUAACCUGCUUAUCAGUUUUGCUCAGUAUUGUGUUAAAGAUUGUUUUAUAGUAAAUUGGUAAAUAUUGUCAUAUCCUAGUGGAUGAAAUCAAUGGUUAAGAAUGUACACAAUAGUCUUCAA